AUGGCUAGAGAAAUCACCGACAUUAAGCAAUUCGUUGAAUUAGCAAGAAGAUCUGACGUCAAGACUGCAACCAUCAAGACUCACACCAUCUCCAAGUCUAACGGUAAGAAGGUCAACCAAACCAAGUUCAAGGUUAGAGGUACUAAGUACUUAUACACCUUAAUCGUUAACGAUGAAGGUAAGGCAAAGAAGCUUGUCCAAGCUUUACCACCAACCCUUAAGGUUACCCAAGUUUAA